CACGGCUGCCCUGGCCGUCUGGCUCAAGUUCUGGGACCAAUGGGGCGACGGCCGGCCGUCCUGGGCAGCUGAAAAUGACGACUUGUCGCCCGAAGGGGAAGGAGGAGCGGAGGGCGGAGGAUCAGGCGGGGGGGUGGAUGGGGGUGUAGCGACAGGAAGAGAGGGGAGACGGGGCGGCACAGGAGUGGGAGCAGGAGCAGGAGCAGGGGCAGGAGAGUGUGCAGUGGCUUGGAGGGGAUAUGGGCAGGCGGAUGUGUGGCAGAGGAGUGAUAGUGGCAACAGCAGGUGCAGUGGCAGUUCCCUCCUCUCCCCCUGUGGGUGGAACGCAGAUCUCGCUGCUGCUGCUGCUGCUGUGGCAGGGGUACACGAGGACGGGGAUGGGAUGGGCGGGGGAAUGGAAGGGGGAGAGGGGGCGGGGGACAGGGGCGGGGGAGGGGCAGGCGGAGGGGGAAAAGGGGGGAGAGGCGGGAGAGGAGCGGGGGGCGCGGAGCUGUUUGUGGGGGGAGCAGCGGUGUCUCAAGGAGAAGUGAUUGAUUCGCCAGGGAAGCACAAGGGGUCAAGACUGGCAGCAGGACAGUGGCAUAGUAUCACCUCCUCUGCUGUUGCUGCUGCUGCUGCUGCUCUCUCAGAGGGCGGCGAGUCUGGUGAAGCACGGGCGGAGGGGGUGCAAGAGGAGGGAGAGGAGAGAGGGGAGAGAGACAGGUCAGCUGAGAGGAGGGAGAGGGCUUCGAGCAGUCGGCUUGAGAGGGAAGAGAGAGGCGGUAGCAGCAGGAGGGUAAGAGACGACAGGGCAAGGGAUGACAGGGUUCCUUGUAGAGAGGAGAGGGCACUAGCGUCCACAGGGGCAGAGCGGCCUUUCACUAGCGAGCAAUCCCGGCCGUCGGUUUCUGAUAGGCAGCAGCAGCAACCGCUCAGAUCGCACCGUCCGUACACGGCGAAUGUGCCCUCAGGGCUGGGCCGUGGGGCGAGUCAACAAGGGUCUAUUAGCUCUCCAGCUGCUGCAGCGCCAGGGGCAGUAGGAACAGCAGGUGCAGCAGCAGGGGCAGCAGCAGCAAGGGCAACAGUAUCAGCAGGGGGGCUAGAAGGGUCGCGUGGUUCUGAUCUCUCCUCCCCUCCAACCCUAACCAUCACUCCACACCGCAAGCAGCGCUGGCGCCCGCCGCCUGAGUUCGACGAUGCUGGCCGAGCCGACGGGGGCAGGGCAGGCGUGGGAACAGCAGCAGCGGGAGGAGCAGCAGCAGGAGGAGCAGGGACAGGAGGAGGAGGAGGGGCAGCUGUGUCGAUAAUGUCUCGGCUGGUGAAGGACGCAUUGGCAGGAGGGGGGAGCGACCGGUUCCUGUCGGCGCGGUGCCAGCACGACGACAUUCUCCUGUUUGUGGGCGUGGCUGCGGCUAUCAGCGCGUGGCGCCCUGCCACAGCCGCUGUGAUCCUCCUGCGCGUGCUCGACCGCAUUGCCUUCUUUGAACGGCUUCUGGAGCAGCAGCAGCAGCAGCAGCGGGGAGGGGGAGGGGGGGGUGGUCUUACUCCCAGCAGAGGAAGCGGUGUGGUGACUCCGACGAGAGCGGGUGGGAGCACGCCGACGAGAGGAGGGGGUAUGGGUGGGUUCAGCAGUACGCCUUUGAACAGCACGCCUUCCUCCCCCACCUAUGGCAUGCGUCCCUGGACCACCCCUAUCCAUGCUGCUGGUGCUGCUGGUGCAGGUGCUGGUGCUGAGACCAUGAAUAUUACCACCAGUAUUAGCAUCAGCAUCAGCAGCACUGGUUCUCACCUGCCUCCAGGUGCAGCCUCCCCCCGUUCCACCUCCCCUCAUAAUGUUUCUGUUCUCCUGGGCGGCAAGCGGGCGGGCGCGAACCUGCCUGCGUGCCGCUCGUUUGUCGUGUCGUGCCUGCUGGCGAUUUUGUCCUCUUGUGAGGACCGGGCGGCGACAGCCAUGGCGGCCGCGACACCAGCGGUGCAGCGGCUGCUGAUGUGGCAGGAGGCGAGUGGGUGCGACGGGGAAGGAGGCGGGGAGGGUGGGGAAGUGUUAGAGGUGGUACUAGAGGAAAGAGAUGAUGGGGAGGAGAUCUCUCUCACUCCUGCAUCUGCAUCCUCUGCCUCUGCCUCUGCUAUUGCGGGUAGCAGCAGCAGCACCACUGGAAGCCUUCGGAAGCAGCCAAAGAAGCGUCGUGGCCGGCUCCCCAGCUUCUCCGCGCCCUCUCCCUCUGUCCCAGGCCCGUCCUUCCGAACCGCCUGGUCCCCCAUGUCCCUCGCCUCUCUCUCCGAAGUUGCUCUAGCUGAAGGCCUAGCCGCUGCCAAGCACUCGAGCCUGGAGGAGCGAUGCGAGGAGCAGGAUCGGCUGUACCUUCAGCUCAGCCUCGGCCCGGGCCUGCUGGCUAUGACGCUGUCGGCAGCCAUGCGGGACCUGCCGAACCUGCACCCAGACGAUACCAUGGCUGUAGCUUCGGCGGUGGAAGGCAUGGGGGUGGAGGAGGCGGCGUUUCAUGCGGGGUUGCGGGCGGUGGCGAGUGGGAGGCUGGGUGCAGAGGGGUUUGAUUCGGUUGUGAGGAUGGUGUUUGUGGGGCGUGGGGUGCAAUCUGUGGCCAUGAGGUUCGCUAAGCUGACAGCUGCAGUGAAAUCAGUGCGGUUCUUGGGCGGCGGGAGCGGGGCGGCCGGCACACCGCCCGGAGGAGCUGCCGGGGCGGGGAUGCUCGGACUGGGCGGCAGCGCAGGCGGCAGCGCGGCAGGCAGUGCGGGCGGCAGUGCAACCGGCAGCGUGUCUGUAGUAGGCACGUCGGAGAGAGCAGCAACGUCUUGGGGGAGAGCUGGGGUUUCCGCUUCAGCUAAAGAGACUGGCCCUGCCAGUGGUAAGGGUGGUGGAGGAGGGGGGGCGUUGGGAGGGGUCCUUUCUCUCUUCGGGUCACAAAAACAGCGUCCCAGCACCAGCUAUGUCAGCACAGGCGCUUCUAGCUUUGGCGCCAAAGCUGCCGGCAGCCUCGCCGGUUCGAACACUCCCAAGUGGGCGUCUGCUGCUCUUGCUGCUGCCUCUGCCUGGGGUUCUGCCAUGCAAAGCCACGGGGGGGUGGAUAAGGAGAAAGCAGGGGCGGAUAGUAAAUCGGAUACUAGGAGUAUCGCUGGAAGCUGCCGGGAAGGUGCUGCUGCGGAUGGUGGGAAUCCUGCUGCGGUUGGGAGUGCAGGAGGGGGGAGUGGGAGUAGCAGCAAGAGGCAGCACGCAUGGGCGUAUGAGGUGCUGCUCAACUUCCUCCGCAUCAACAGCUGGGGGGCUCCCAUGGAAGAGCGGGAGCUGGACGUGUGUGCUCGGGUGAGUUGGGUGGGGGUGUGUGCUCGGGUGAGUGGAGUGGGGGUGUGUGCUCGGGAGAGUGGGGUGGGGGUGUGUGCGUGGGUGAGUGGGGUGGGGGUGUGUGCGUGGGUGAGUGGGGUGGGGGUGUGUGCGUGGGUGAGUGGAGUGGGGGUGUGUGCGUGGGUGAGUGGAGUGGGGGUGUGUGCUCGGGUGAGUGGAGUGGGGGUGUGUGCGUGGGUGGUGCUCAACAAGUGGCUCGGCGAAGGCUCCGAGGCUGACCGCGAGGCUCGGGCAGUGGCUCGGGUGGAGAGGAUGGGCGAUCCAGGUUCGGAGGUGGGGUGGCCCAUGUGGCUGCGCAUCGGACGGCUGGUGGAGAGCGAGAUGAGCCACAUGCCCCGCCUCAUGGAGGCCAUGCACGCCCUCUCCAUCUGGCUCAACUACGAUAAACUAGAGGAGGAUGGGUCGUGUUUGGAUGCCACAGCAGGGGAGGUGCUGGACUGGGGCAUGCACGGGCUGCUGCACGUGCUGCCAGAGGGCUCCUCCGCGCAGACUCUGCUUGACUUGCUUGAUCCGGAGGACGAUGACUGGGUUGACCUGUCUCUUGCUGUUGUGGCGCGCAUCGCUGCCUGCCCCAGCGUGCUCUGGCCUGUCAAAGGAGGGUCGGCGCUGUUUGUCGCCAAGCUGCUCACUCUGGUGGAGGACUGCGCCGAGAUGACGCGUGACCAGCAGAGCCGCGCAGUGCAGGUGGCGGUACAGCUGUGGGGGUGGGCCAUGCCCAAGCGCGAGCAGCUGCUGGAGCAGUGCGAGACCGAGGAGGAGGUCAUGGAGGUUCUCGACCGCUCAGCUGCUGCCACGUGGCGCUCUGUUGCUCUGGGAGCCACGGCUGCUGUGCUAGGCUGA